AUUAAUUUCAAUGGAAAAAUCGCCGUCGUCGAGAGUUGAUGUUAAACGCAGAACGCAAAAAUAUAGAACACAUUUUCGCUUAAAGUGCCAAAGUGAAAAAAUAUAACAAUAAAAAAACUCGCUGAAUCAAACGAAGUUAAACGAAUCGUGCGAAGGAGGAGAAAAUUGCAUAAAAUAUUCAUUUAUUUUUUGUCACUGCAGCGUAAACCAGUUGUGCAAAUUUUUUGAGCAGAUCUGAAAUUGCAACCUUUCCAGAAUAAUCUGAAGAAUUGAAGUUCAACUAAUACAGAAUUAGACUAAAGUUAAUCAAAUUUAACAGAAAAUCUGUUUUACAAUAAAUUAAACAUAGUGGGGCACGAAAACUUUCUGUGUAGCUCAGCGGUCUUCUUAGUGAGGGGUGCAUUACAUAAGCGUGCGGCAGGAAGAAGUGUUUUUCGACAAUCGCUUGUGUAAUAAUAAUUUUCCUUGAAUUCAAAGCGGAAUCAAACGAAAAAGUUAAGAAAUCACAGAACGUGAAGCGGGCGGUACUCCCGUCCCAACGGUGUGAAUUCUUUGUGUAUUUUUAGCCCCCCCACUUACUCACAUGCUACAUUAUCAUACAAGUCGUGAGCAUAAGUUAUAUUUUUGCAAUUUCGUAAAGCAGUGCUUCGAAUAAGCAUAUUGUGUGUAUGUGUGUGAACUUUACUACGCUUGGUUGCCAUCAUAUUUACGCGCACGAGCUGUAGGCACUGUCAUCGUAACCAGUCGUCGGCUGAUCCCCGCCAGAAGCGACGCAGUACAAUUUCACAAUAUCAAACCACUAGAAAUAAAGUACCUACAGUAGUGAAAACGUUUUCGAAAACGUGUUGCUUUGUUUGCCGGUCCUAGUAAAAGCUAUUGCUACUAUAUAAUUUGUAUUCACACAUUUUUUUAUUGUUUGUGUACGACAACGAAGUGCUAUAAAACCGGCAAUCGCCGGCAAUUUUGCUUUCUCUAUUCAAUUGUGUAUUGAAAUUUGAAUUUAUUAUACAUUUGCGGAGUGCGGAAAAAGUUCUCGCGUGAUUAUGUCCCAGAAUCAACGUGACACUAUAAUACAUUUAGUUGCUGGCGGAACUGCUGGCACAGUUGGUGCUGUCGUCACUUGUCCCUUGGAAGUGGUUAAGACACGCCUACAGAGUUCCAAUGCUUUUCUCGGACCCACACGUCUCGAACCGCCAGGCUCAACCAAUGGCGCUAGCGAAUUGCUACGACCCGAACAGCGUCGUAAAUUGAGCACAACCAUUUUGCGUAAGAGGUCACAGCCACAGAUCAUGGCUAUUUCUCAUUGCGGCAUCUCAUCCACCUCCACAAAGUCAAUGAGCAUCAUGCAGUGCUUGAGGUACAUAGUACAAAAUGAAGGUCCACGCGCACUUUUCAAAGGUCUGGGCCCAAAUCUCGUUGGCGUAGCGCCAUCACGUGCGGUAUAUUUUUGCACCUACUCACAGACAAAGAAUUUUUUGAAUAAUUUAAGUUACAUACAAACAGAGUCACCGCAAGUGCACAUCUUGAGUGCCGCGAGCGCUGGUUUCGUCUCCUCCACACUAACGAAUCCUAUUUGGUUUGUAAAGACGCGCCUGCAGCUAGACUACAAUUCCAAAGUGCAAAUGACGGUGCGAGAAUGCAUUAAUCGAGUGUAUGCACAAGGCGGCAUUGCCGGUUUCUACAAAGGCAUUACAGCCAGCUAUUUUGGCAUCUGUGAGACCAUGAUACACUUUGUCAUUUACGAGUUUAUCAAAUCGAAACUGCUUGAAAUGCGCAACUCACGUCACGAAGAUGUUAAAUCAUCGAAGGACUUUCUGGAAUUCAUGAUGGCUGGUGCCGUUUCAAAGACUGUAGCAUCCUGUAUUGCGUAUCCACAUGAGGUGGCACGCACAAGACUGCGUGAGGAGGGCAAUAAAUAUAAUACAUUUUUCCAAACAUUGCAGACUGUGUGGAAAGAGGAGGGUAGAGCUGGACUUUAUCGAGGCUUAGCGACACAAUUGGUGCGACAAAUACCUAACACAGCCAUAAUGAUGGCCACCUACGAAGCAGUCGUGUAUGUGUUAACGCGACGAUUCAAUAAUAAAAGCAAUGAAUUCUACGACUUCUAGAUUUGUUUUCGUUUAUGGCUUGUAGCGUGAUUAAUUUGAACGACUAUAAGUACAAAACGCCAACACACAUACACAACGCUCAGGCGUAACUAUAAUGUGUGUAUGUGUGUUUGUGGCGAAUUAAUGUGUGCAUAUAGGACUGGCGCGCGUGGUCAAGGAGACGUUGUCUUUUAAAACUUCUUAGCUACAAAGUUACUAUGCAACUUUGUUGCUAAACAAAUUAUAUAAUAGAGAGGUGUAACAAUUGUAGCGCACUUCUAGGCGCUUAUAAGUAGACGUUAGAAGACUGCAGAACGCUGAUAUAAAAAUUGUUACAAUGCCGUUACAAAGGCGUACAACGAAUUGAAAACUUGUUUGAAAUAGCUUUAAAUGCUAGCAAUCACACUAAUUAGUAGAAUAGUAUGUUGCAAAAUGUGCGCCAAAUUUUAUGUUUUCUUUUAUUUUUGUGCAUGGGAAAUGUUGUGCAGCAAUUAAACAAUCAAUCAGCCAGUUAAUAAACUACUUUCAAAAGCGUUAUGGCAGGCCAACACUUGUAAAACACUUAAUUUGUGCUCAUAAAGUGAACUUAAUAGUCUGCGGCCUGUAGUGCCACACACAUUUCUUUUAUGCAGCAAAUUUAUAUUUGCAAUAUUUAAUUUAAAAAUUUUUUUUUUUUUUUUUUUUUUUUAUUUUAUUUAAUUUACUUAAUAUAUAUUAUCUCAACACAAUUUUUGAAUUUGUUGUGUUUAAUAUAUUUUUUUCUUCAGAUCUAUAGUGUAGAUCUUGCGGCUAUAAUAUAAAUUUAUAUAUUUAUUUGUAUUAUGCAAUAAAAAAAAAUCGCUAAACACACACACAGACUCACCUUAGUGCACAUAUAAAAACUAAUUGUAAAACAAUUAUAAAAAAAAACGAAACCUUAUUUAUGUAUCUAAAAGUAUGUACUUUGUACGCUUUAAUGUUUAAAAACGUUAUUUUAGUGCUAAGUAAUUUAAUUAUUCCACUUAAAAUGUUAACUAUAAAUUAUUAUUUUUAUACUAAGUAUUGAUUGAAAUGAAGCAAAACAAUUGGUUGAACGUUGAUACAUAUUUGAUGCGCUGACAUAUUUAUGUAUGUCGUCAUAUCUAUAGAUAAACACGAUAAACACUUGAAGUGCUAUAUUUAAUUUCCUACACACUCGUCUUUAUGUUUAUAAGUCAUAUGCACUAUAAUUAAUGCAACUAAAUGCAUACGUACUUGCUCAUGCCAUAAACAUUUUAAUUUGUUAAGCACAUUUUGGUUAGCCAAAUAUUUGCUUUAAUGCUAAAUAAUAUAUAUGUAUGUACAUGAAAUAAGCAUUAACAUUUUUUUUUAUUUUUUGCUUUAGUUAUUUUACUGGUAGAUGAAAUUGACGACGAACAGAAACAAAAACAAAACACAAACAAAUAUAUUUUAACCAAAUUCGGAAUCGAAACAAUGAAUAAGGCUGCUCUAUAGUUAGACUGCAAAGUAGCUGAUAUAAAAUUGUUAAAACAAAUUUAAAAAAAUCUUAUUAACUACUGAGUAUACUAUAAAUAUUUAAUUGGCACAAAAUAGUAGUAAAAAAUAAGUACUAAAUAUAAGUUGCUGUGUAAAUAGUAUGUAGUCGCAAAGAGGUGUGAUAAAAUUUAUGUUAGUUUUUCCAAGAUGUCACAUGAGCUGUAAGACUGCGUGGUAUAGCGCCUAAAAGUAGAUUUGCACAUGAAAUAUUUGAAUUUAAAUGGUACGAAAUGAUACACAGUUAAUUUUGGCAGACUUAAACAAAAUUACCAAAAUAAAACUUAAAAAAAAUUACCAAAAUAAACAAAUAAACGCGACAGCGUAUUUGUUGCAAAUUAGCAUACUUUUAGGCGCAUACAUUCUACGUGUCUGCAUUAGUUGUCUUGUAAACUCAUCGUCGUCCAAAAAGUCAUUUACUAUAUAUAUAUGUACAUAAACGCAUAACAAAACGUUAGCAAAUAUCGCAAUGCCUUGUAUAAAUUUAAGUUAUAUAAAGAACAACAAUGAAAUACAUAAAUAUAAUGCAAACAAUAUUAAUAAUUUUAUUACAAAGUCCUUGAAGCACAACACUAGUGUUUGAAAACUCAAACUGCAACUUGAAUUUCAUAUAUAAACACAAACAUAUAAAACAUGCAUGCAUGUAUACAAAAAUUCAUAGAUUAUACUUAUAAAUAUGUAUGUAUGUAAUUAUUAUUAUUUUUUUUUUGUAAAAAAUAUAAAAUAUUGCUUGUAGAGAAAACACUUGAAAAUAUAUAAAUUCCUUUUUGAUUAUAAUUGUUCAAAGUCAUUUUGGGUCACUUUGCCACCGUUAGUGUAAGAGGAUGUUCACAUCGUCAUCUAAAAUGCAAAACAAUGUAUCAUCAAUCACAACUGAAAUUGAGUUAUUUAUUGCUUACGAUACUUUACAUCAUUAUUACACAUAUGUUAGAUAUAACCAGUAUAUAACCAUUUUAUAACCAAAACUCAAAUUUUGUUUCUGUUAUAUCAUUUUUCUUUGCAUUUUAGGUGACGAUAUAAUAUUGAAAAUAUAAAGAUUUGAAAAAAAUGUUGUACGACACUUUGUCGUUAAGCUUGCAAGAUUACUUUUGUGCGAUGGAAGUUUAAUGUUUUUGUAGCUGUUUAGUACAGAUUUCCAUAUGUAAUUACAUAACAUUAAGUAUAAGAAUAAUUUACACACAUAUACAUACAUAUAUUUAAAUAUAUACACGCAAAUAUAUCCAUGUUACUUGUUUUAGUGUCGUAAGGGUUUUUCGAUUUUGCUUUAAAGUAAACUUGGCGUAGAAACUAUGGCAAACUGAAUGAAAUACUUAAAAAUUAAAUUAAAAAAAACCUAAGUAAGCAUAUAAGAAUGUGAACGAGAAACACGAAAAAAGAUCUGUGAAUUAAUUUGUGAAAUUGUUUAUUUUACAAUACAUUACAACAACUGAAAUGAAAUAAAAGUUUUGUUUAAAUAAAAA